AUGGUUGCAGAGGAAGUGAUAAUUACAUUGUCUGGUGGAGCACCGUGGGGCUUUCGUCUCCAGGGAGGUUUGGAGCAUCAGAAACCGCUCCAGGUGGCGAAGGUGCGUAAACGUAGCAAGGCAUGCAGGGCUGGGCUGAGGGAAGCUGAUGAGCUGGUGUCCAUCAACGAACAGCCAUGUGGAAUGCUAUCCCAUGCUCAGGCCAUGGAACUCAUUGACAGCUCCCCUGGGAUAUUACACAUACGGGUCAAAAGGGUGCCUGCUGGUUUUCAGUCCGUGGUGCUUGUGACCCGUGCCCCAUCUCCCCGUAUAGACAAAGAGUACCGUGCUGCAUUGCGUGCCAUGUCACCCACCAACCACCACCAUGCACCUGUCCGUGAGGUCCACCGUAGCCGCUCCUCUAUAACCAGUGGCUUGACGUCUCCACCUGGUAGUGAGGCUUACUACGGCGAGACUGACAGUGAUGCAGACGUGGCAGGCUAUGAGAGGCAGCGGCGGCAGAAACGCCGCAGUCCCAGCAACUCGAUCCCGGGAAAACCAACAGGACGAACCUCCCCUGAGGGCGGGGAGACAUCAGAGAUGAGUGGCUAUGACAGCGCUCCAGAUGCACAUGUUUACCCCAGUAUGCUGGAUGGACAUGGGGGAGAUGGAAAUGGAGGAGGGGGGCUACCAGGGGUGGCACGGAAGGAGGUGAUUUACCAGCCUCCUGGUCCAGGAAUGUGGUCCUCCCAGACAUCCACUGAGACCUCCUCCAUCAUCUCCUCAGCAGAUGACCAGGGGCCACGGGAUGGGGGGCAAGAGGAGGAUAGUGGCUUUCUAGAGCCAGCCAACGUGCCACUGGUAUCCCCUGAGAGGGCAAAGGAGGCCCUAAUGCUGGGCUCCCGCAGCCAGCUGGUGCCAAUGGUGGGCCCUGUGAAUAAACCUAUCGACGAGGAGCUUACUACAACCUACAUGGAAAAGGCCAAGCAAGCCAAACUGAACCGAGGGGAUACACCGCAAGACAAGCAAGUUAAGGAAGCUAAAAGCAAGUGUCGAACAAUUGCAUCCCUACUGACUGAUGCUCCCAACCCUCACUCCAAGGGGGUGCUGAUGUUCAAGAAGCGACGGCAGCGCUCCAAGAAGUACACCCUCACCAGCUUUGGUAGUGUGGAUGAGGAUAGGUGUCGGGACUCACAAGAGGAGGAUGGGGUAUUUCCUGGCAGCGAAUCAGAGUUUGAUGAUGAUGGCUUCUCAGCAGUUCCUGAUCCAACAUGGGAUAGUGAAUACUUGGAUAUGCUGGAGAAAAGGGCAACUGCAGGGAUUGAAGGUCGUGGUGAUGGGACAGAGGAUGCCCCAAGUCCUGGGUUGAGUGACACUGCGGGCAAGGGUGCCCAGUUGUUUGAGCAGCAGAGAAAGAGGGUUGCUGAGCAUGCAAAGAAGGUAGAGGCGGAACAACCUCAGCCUCCUCCACAGUCUCAAGUCCAGGAGCAGGCUCAGAUGCAUCACUUGCAUCCAGAAAUGCAUCCACAUAUGCAACCAAAUCUUCAGCCUCAGCAGAUGAUAUCAACUGGCCCUACAGCUAUACAGCAAGAGCUGUCUGAGGCUCCAGGUCCAGUUGCAGCCCAUGUAAUGUCUAACUGUGACUUAUCCUACUCUGCAGUUAGUACAGCUAGCAUUGUGAUGUCACCUCCACCUGUUGGACCCAAACAAGCCACUGUCUCAGCAACUAUUCUGACCAGACCUGCAGCACCAGCUGAAACACCAUUACCAGAACUACCGGCUAGUAAUGUUCUCAACAGAACGGCCCGUCCUUUCACUCCUGGCUUUAUCAGCAUUCGAGCUGCAACUGCCCCUGUAACGUUCCGACCACCUGUUACAAAGACGGCCCAGCGUCCUGCCUCAGCAGCUGUUGUGCCACCACCAUUCUCCACUGCCUCUGACCUGGGCAUUAAUGCUACAUCAGUAACAUCACAGCUACUCCCUGGUCCUCUGUCUCCACCAUUCUGUGUACCUCAACGUCCCUUUGCACCAACACCAGCAGCUCCUGUUACCCUUCACCCUCCAGCCAUCUGUACUUCUGUAGAGAAAAUGCAGUCAUCACCACCAGUAACUACUCUUCAUCAGGCUGCAUUCUCGACUGUGCCCCCAGUAUCUAUGCCUUCAAUGCCCCUUGCUCCACAAGCACCAAUGGCUCCAGCCCCAGUUCUUCCUGUAUCUCAAAUUCCUGGUUCAGCUGACCCAGUUGCCCCAUUGCCUCCACUUCAAGUACCAGGUCCUCAGCCACCCCCACCUCAAUUUUCCAUGGCACCUGUAGCUACAGUGUCAGUGGUCUCCCAGCCAGAGGCUGUAGCUCCAACCCCUAUUCCUGGUCCAACAGGUCGCACAGGAAUCUUACUUGAGGCUCGACGUCGUAGUGGCAAACCCAAACCUAUGUUCAAUGUGCCAGAUGUCACAAAGAAAUCCCCCAAUCCUGAUCUAUUGUCUAUGGUGCAGAACCUUGAUGACAGGUCCACCAGACACUCACAUGGACAACCACUGUCUGAGACUAUAUAUGAUGGCGCAGAGGAGGAUAGGAGUGGUGAGGUUGGCAUGGGGAGGGCACCUCCUCCAGUGGCACCCAAGCCUAGGGUCAUCCACGAAGCCCCACAGUUUCUUCAAGCUGGCGGAAAGGGGGCCCAGCUGUUUGCCCGCAGGCAGAGUCGCAUGGGUAUGUAUGUAGUGGACACUCCACCCGAGACCCCUUACCAGCAGGUGCCCUCACACAGUGUAGCCCAAACCCUUGACUCCUCCCCCAAUCCUUCCUCCCCAUCUUCGUGGAAAUACUCCCCAAAUGUCCGUGCCCCUCCACCCAUUGGGUACAACCCACUCCUGGCCCCCUCUAUCCCUACAGGGCCUCAGAGGGAUGGUAGCAAACCAGAGAGCAGGGGUAAAGGAGGCUCCCAACGAGAGGGCAUCAAGGCUUUGGAAUUCAUGAGAAGGCAGCCCUACCAGCUUAAUUCUGCCAUGUUCAACUAUGGGGGCAGUGCUACUAACCUAUUAGCCAUGCCUUCUUACCAGGCUCAGAGGCAGCAGCAGGGUGACUACUCAACAACAAUGGUGGGCAGCUCAUUAACCUCACCUAAGCAGAUCCCCCUCAAAACAGCCCGUGUCUUCGAGGUCAAGCGAUUCUCCACACCCACACCCAUGUCAGCUCCCACACUGGCUCCCAAAGUCAUUGCACCCCGCUCAGCCACUACCCUCGGAGAGCGCUUGACUCAUUCUGGCAUGAUAUCCCCACCUCCUGCUCCUUUUACUCUAACCCCAGGCCCUUUCUUUACACCAGCACCAGUUAGUGCCCCAACCACUGCUUCACCUCCCUCUCAACCAGCUGGACCACCCAGCCUCCCAAAAUUCUCUGCCACCCCUAUUCCAAACCCUUUGCCCCCUGCAGUCCCUACACCUUACACUCCAGUAUCAUACACCACUGGGCUCCAGAGAGCCAAGCAGUUCCAGAGUGCUCCUGAGCUCAGUAUCCUUGCCUCUUUGCCCCCGCUCAAGUCCAACCAAGUUCAGGCUCCCAAACCACGUUUUGUUGCAACCAAGGGAGGCGUCCAGCCCCAUGUCUGGAGACCUGGGGCAAUGUGAACAGCAGUAAAGUCACUACCACACCUGGA